AUGACUCAAAAUAAGCCUUGCGAAACACCUAUACCAAUGGUGAGUCAAUGUAUUUCCACUUCAUUUGGAUCUCUAAAUGAUGGUUAUCCAACGGUCGAGCCAAACUUAUCACAAUCGAUCUUUGAACAAAAUAUGCAUCGAGUUGCACCACCUAUUCCUACUCGUGUUCAUCCACAAAACGUUCAAAUAUCUAAUGAAAUAUUCGGCGGUGGAUAUGGUUAUGCACCACAACUGGGGGGUUAUUUUACUAGCCCCUAUUAUGGUGGAGCGUGUUCCUAUUUUGGUCCCACAAGGUCAUUACCUACAAGUAAUUUUGCCCAAUUAGCUGUUGAAGACUCGCGUAAUGCGUUUCAAUCCAUAGAAAGUGUUGUUCAGACAUUUCGUUCAAUUAGUUUAAUGUUAGAAUCAACAUUUACAAGUGUUUAUAGUUCAUUUCGCGCUGUUACAGAUGUAUUCGAUCAUUUUACUCGUUUGCGCUCUCAGCUGACAACAAUUUAUCCAUUAAUUAUUCUAUGGCGUUUCAUUAAAUUUCUUUUCAAUCGAAUAUUAAAAUUAUUUAGAUUAAACUUUUCAUCAGCAUCUUCCUCUGUUGAUAUGAAUGAAUCCUGGUCAAAAAUAUAUGAUUCAUUAAACAAUGUACAUCAAACCAACAGAUCACCACCGACGUCAUCUUCGGGUGUACUAGUAGCAUUAUUUUUUAUUGUUACAUUUGGUACCCCAAUGUUAAUGCUACAUUUUCUAAAUUCAAUGAUUAGAAAACGACAAGGCAGUGACGAAUGGAUGCAAAAAGAGAAAAAUCUUUUACGGGUGGUAGCAUUAUACGAUUAUACUGCUCGGAAUACUGAUGAAUUAUCAUUUAAGCAAGGAACAUUUUUAUCUUUAGCACCAUCUGCAUUUCAAUCACCAACAUCGAAUUGGUUGUUAGCUACAGUAGAUCGUAUCUCAUCUGGUCUUAUACCUGUAAAUUAUAUUCAAAUUGUUAACCCAAAUACGUUUCUUCCUCGUCCAUCUUCAAUAGUAAAUACUAACAGUCUAACAUUACAUCCUCAACAACCAAUUUUAAUCGAUAAUCGACAAAUGCAUUCUUCUAUUCCAGCAACUACUAUGAUUGCUAACAUGAACUCUGACAUUCUAAAUCAACAAAAACCAUCUUUAUUGAUUCAAGAUUCUAUGAACGUAGAAAACGUGCCCUAA